UAGCAUUUUCUAUUGUUUUCAAUAUGGCGACCGUGAUUUGAUUUUUUAACAAAAUACUGUCUCCCGAAUAUCCUCUUGAUCAACGACAACAAGAUGAACAGAAAAGACCUUUACAAGCAAGGUGGACACAGCGUACAAGCCCAACGAUCAAGACGGCGAGGCCAAGAAGCAGAUUUACGCAAGGAAAGGCGCGAAAGACUUUUGAGUUCCAAACGAAUUCGUUUCGCCGAAGAGGAGGCCGAGGAAGAAGAUUUCACUGUCGAACAAGUGCGAGACUACGCCAAGGCAAUCCAAAAGUAUGAUUCUAAUACUCUCCACUGCUUACGCAGUUUGAGAAAGGCAUUUGCACAAGGAAGCGAGCUCAUAAGCGCCUUUAUGGGCGUUGAAAAUGGCCUUCGUUCAGUCGUGGGGUACUUGACUGGUCACAACAUCGAUUUACAGCUUGAAGCCGCUUGGUGCAUCACAAAUCUGUCUGCGGGCACCCACGAGGACACUUUGAGGGUGUUAAAAGCAGCAGCGCCUUAUUUAAUUACGUAUCUUAGUGGGCAGAACUUGUCGUUACAGGACCAGUGCGCCUGGGCGCUUGGAAACAUGUCGGGGGAUUCUGUCGAGUGUAGGGACCUUUUGCGUGCGCAAGGAAUAGUCCCCCCCAUGGCCAAUUUAUUAAAGUCUGAGAUACCAUCAAUUGUGCAGUCAGCAGCAUUUGCCUUAUCUAAUCUAGCAAGAGGUCACAGCCAGGCUGCUGAUGACAUGAUGGGGCUCGGCAUAGCUUCCAUGAUUUGCGCUCUUCUUGUGCCUGGACAGAGUACCAUUGAGGUUGUCACAGAGGUCUCUUGGGUUUCGACUUAUCUCACUUCUAAGCCUGAUAAUCUGGCAGCAUUUGUUGAAAGUGGAGUAAUUGAUCAUCUUGUUAGAAUUCUACAUAGCCUGGUACAAGAGGCACAGCCAAACAGCCAGGCCAUUACACCCAUUUUAAGAUGUUUGGGGAACAUCAUAAGUGGCCCAGAUGAGUAUGGUGCUAUGGCCAUGCAAGGCGGCUUACUCCUUCAUGCUGUCAUGGCAUGCUUGCAGUCCUCACAUCGACAUGUUCGCAAGGAGAGCUUGUGGGUCUUGUCCAACCUAACCGCAGGACCAGCAGAGAGCUGUUGGGCUGUUGUACAUGCUGGCUUGGUUCCAGUUACAGUGAAAAUGUUGGCCUCAGAAGCAUUUGACAUCAAGAAAGAGGUAGCACUUACCCUGUGCAACAUUUCCUACCAUGGGCCUGAUUGCCUCAAAGUUGUACUGGAUUGUAGAGGAAUGGAAGGAUUUGUUCACCUUUUGAAAUCCCAUGACCAAGAUACUGUUUUAACUGCCUUGCAGUUUGCAGAAAUGGCACUCCGACUCUUCCCUGAUUCUAAAAACACCUUUGAAGAGCUAGAAGGAGUUGCAUGUCUUGAGGGAUUGGAAUAUAAUUGUAAUGAGACAUUACGGCAGUAUGCUAAUGAGUUAUUGGACACAUAUUUCAUGGAGGAGACUCGAGAUGAAGAGAUCUCUGAGGAGACCCACGGGGACCUCUCAGAGUUCAGGCCACAAGAAAUGGGCAUGACUGGAUCUACAAAAGAGGCACAUUGAAUUUUUAAACCAGUGCAAACAGCACUAACAUCAGCCAGCAUUUCUGGCACUGCUAAACUUGGUUGAAUGAAUAUACAUAGGCAAAGAAAAUGUUGUCAAACUUCUUCAGUGCACCUCCCAACAAGGGUUGCAAUUAGUGCCACCUUUGCUGGGUCAGCAAUCUUUUCAGUUUUUGUGUUGUUUACACUGGGCUUUUAUAUGAAGAAGGUAUCCCAGAUGUGACAAUGGCUGCCUCUACAAGAGAAUUGAAUUUUAUGCUUUUAAAGAAAAGAUAGCCCAUCUGUGUGACAAGUAGGACACAGGACAUAAUUCAUGGAAACUGUUUUCAAUGUAUUCCCUGUAGGCCCAAAAAAGGGCAUAAGCACUGUUGAGAGAAAGGUUAAGCAGAGUAAAGGGGUAUAGAAAAGGCUUCUUGGGUUUUAUACUUUAUCUGAGAAAGGCCAUGUAUUUGUUUGUGUGGCAUGCCUUGUACAGAAAAUUGAAUAUUUUCUACAGCUCUGAAGCCAUGCUCAAUAUGAUGGAGUAAAAGUGCAAGCUCCUCAGUGAUUUAAAGCAUACUGAUCAUAGCUGCAGGAAACAAUAGCUCAGGCUCAGAGAGUUAAAUUUUUCUUUAAUUAAAAUGUGAUGAUCUCA